ACAUGGCGGAGCGCCGCCGGGAGAAGAUGCUCGCGCGGGAAGCGCGCGGCGGCUUCCGGAGUAGCGCGUCACGCGGCCUACUUCCGGCGCGGAGCCCGAUGCGGCCGGGCAGGCCGGAAGCCGCUGCUCGAGGCCCCGUGCCGCCGCCUUGACGGAGAGCGGCCCUGCCCUGCGGCGCGGGGGCCAUGGCAGCGCCGGCACGGGCACAGGCAGAGGAGCUGGUGACCUUUGAGGACGUUGCUGUCUAUUUGAACCGUGCAGAGUGGGAAACCAUAGAGGAGUGGCAGAGGGAGCUGUACCAGGGCGUCAUGGUGGCGAAUUAUGAGCUCUUGACUUCUCUGGGCUACCCAGGCCCCAAACCUGACAUAUUAUAUCGGAUGGAGCGUGGGGAAGAGCCAUGGGUCUCCACCCCGCAGAGCCCAGUGAUGUGGGAUGGACUCAACAGCAGCUCUCCAGGGGUUGGUAGGAACAUGAGCUGGCUGGUGGGACAUCCCUCAGGCUGGCAGCCUGGUGCUGACAGGAACUGUGUGCUGGAGGAGAGAAUGGAAAUCCUCCACCAAGGUGGGCGGUGCAUGCAGUGGCGUCUCCGUUCUAGAAGACUGCUGAACAAGUUCAAUUGUGUCAGUGGUGGGAAACAGUUGGAGACAAUGGCAACCAAAAGAGGGAUGGUGCCAACUGAAAACCAGGACCAAGAAAGGACAGGAUCCUGGCCUGGGAAGGAAGUAGAAGUAGCAGAAGAACAAGAGGUUGAGCCAAACCAAAACCAAACCACAGAUCUCCAACUUCAUCCGGUUAUGACAAGACAGAACAAAAAAACAGAUUCUCAGCAAUGUGUGUGCUGUGAUCCAAAGGAGAAGCUUCAAGACAGUGUCCAGAAAAGACUAUACACCUCCAAUGAAAUGAGGCUUUACCUUGCAAACAAGAAACAAAAGAUUGAUGGUUUAAAUGAAAUUAUUUUGAAAGACCACUGUUAUUGUGCAAGGAAUAAGACACAAUUUUUGAGCAGCACUCUAUUCCCAUGCGUUCUGAGAGACCACGACUAUUGCAGAAAUGGCAAGGAUGUUGUUACAGUACUUAGAGACCAUGAAUAUUGUCAGAUACAAAGGAGGAAUUGUCAGAAACAGAUGAGUGGCUCUCAGAACAGAGUUUAUAAAGGUGCUGGUUCUGCUGAUAAGUCUCGUGCCAUGAUUCACAGGCUAGUAAAGCAAAAAUCACAGUUACAAGUGGGGCAACUAAUCAGGAAAGCUAAGCAAAUUUUGUGGCGUUAUAAGCGUUUUGUCAACCAAAGGUUACGCUUUCCACGGGACUCCUCAAGCACAGACUGUUUUUCCAGACCUGCUCGAUCAGCAGCUGUGUCUCCUGCAAGGGCAGAAGACAACCCCAUGGAGGGGACUUGUGGGGCAUCUUGCCUUCCUGUGGAGCAGGAAUCUGUUCCCCCACAGUCUCAAAAUGAAGAUAACCCCCAAGAGCGGCCACUGGAAGCGCCCCAUGCCCCAGCAGGGUCAUUUGAAUCUACAGCUGCACUCCCACCCCCAAAAGCAGUUGCAGAGGUGAAGGAGGAAGUAGCACGACCUGUAACUUACGUGGAACAUGUGCAGCAGUGGGCAUGCCCACUCCAGAAACUUGAGGCUAAGCAAAAUGUCGAAGGCUGCAGAUUUGUUAAUUCAGAAUAUGUGUCACUACAUGAUGCUUAUGAAAUGGUUAUGCGGACUGUAGAUCAAAUGUUAGACCGUGUAUGCCAAACAUUUGAACUUGGUGGCUAUGCUCAGCGUAAGGAUGUUUGGCCCAUAGUUAUUCAGAUAGACAGUUGAUGACCAAAAAAAGAAAAGAAAAAAAGACAGCUGUUCUUAAUACCGUCAAGGUAAACAGUUAGGACUUUCUCCCUGUUGCAGAACGUCUUAAGGUGAUUUAACAAAAGAAACUCUGUAAAAUGCACAUUAAGUGGAAUUAGUGCCCAAAGGGAUACAGAACUUAUUCUGCGGUGCCUGCUAGGGGAAAUGUGAUUGUAUAGGACUUAUGAGGUUCAUAGGAGAAAAGGCCAAAAGCAGGGAAAGGGAAGAAUCAAUGUGGUUAAAAGAGGAGGAAGAAUGUGGAAAUGGAGAGAAGAGGGAAUAAAGGGCAGUUGCAUGUAAGCAGUCUGCUGAUCAGUGCAUUUUUCUGGCCAGGCUGUUCCUGAUCACUGGUGGUUUCCAUCUUCUCAUCAAGCUCUAUUACAAACUAUUUUAUGCAUGGGUAUGCUCUCUAGUCUGUCUAUCUGGGUGAGAGAUAUGCUAGCAAACAUAAGAAAUGGCAGCUCAUUUAAAUGUGCUCAGGCAGGGAGGAAUUCUCCUGGGUUCUCCUUAGCUCUACCUUGAUGCAGUCAGCACACACAGUUCUCUGCAUGUUCCCAGUAUUUAUUUAAGCAGUAUGA